AUGGACGCUGUGUUUCCUCGGGGGGAAUUCAUUGAUACGAACUUCUACCGCAUGCGUCUAAGUGGUUCCAACUCCCCAGAUUGCAGCGUUUACAAACUGGCCUGGACGAACUACACUCAUUUGGGGAUCCGGAUCCCAAUGUUUGGCUGUGGGACCAAACGAGUUGAGACGGAGGGGUCUGUAUACUUCCUAAACCGUCUGGUUUAUGGAAGGGAGGCCAUCCGGCUCGAGUGUGUGAACCCCACCGUACAUGUGGCUGUCCUGGGACAUGUGCCCAAACCUGAAGCAACCGUUACAGGCCAAGGGAACGGGCCCGACCCUGAAGCAAGCAAUACAAGCAAUGGGAACGGGACCGAGGAGGAGGACGGGAGCGAAAGCGAGGAGAAGCCCGAGGUCCCGUCUGGGGCAGGCAACAGCACCAUCGGCGCCAACAAAUGGCUGGACCUGUGGGUUGUCCUCCCCCGUUUACUCGUCCUCUUCCUCCUCCUCUUCUGCUUCUACGAUGUCUGUCAAACGAGGAGGAGUGAGAAGAGGACAAAGAAGAAUAAGAGAGAGGCAAAGAAGGACAGGGGGGCAAAGGAUGAGGAGCCACAGCAGCAGUUUGAUGUGGUGGAUUUUGUGUAA